GCGAGGACGAGGCGAAGGCUGCUCCUCCUCCCCAAACCCAUCUCCCUGCAAAAGAGAGCACUGGGAGGAAAAGAAAGAGAACGACGGGGAGUCCCUCGCUUUGCGCAAAGUAAGUCGGAAGUCGGCAGCUGGGAAAAGAGAAAGAGGAAAGCCGCCAAGUGUUUCUUUUAACCUAACAGAAUAAGAGAGUUGGAAAGGGACCUUUGAGCGAGCUCCCCUUCCCCAGUCCUGCAGCGUCGUCGAGUAGAGGUCCCGCUCGCUUGUGAGAGACCCACGCCGUCGCCAUGCGUCUCCAUUCCCGGACUCCGCUUCUCCUGGGCCUUGCCCAGCUGCAAGCGUGUUUCUUUUGGAGUUGCCUGCUGUGGCUGCCGGCGGACGGGAUGCCACCGAGGAAUCCACCACCCCUUCCUCCCGCUGUGUGGAGGCAGCGGAUUCAAUGGGAGAACAACGGGCAGGUGUACCGCCUCCUUAGCGUCGGCUCCCAGUAUCAACCCGCGCGGCGUAGGCUCAGCCAGGAGCCCGCGCAAGGCGGCCACGUUUUGCUCCUCAGGGGCAACGACACUGCUCCUCGCAGGGCGCCGGGAACCGCUACAGGCGGAGGCGCCACUGCCACCCGAAAACCGGAGGCGCAGUACUGGUUUCAAGCCGGCUACGAGCAAUCAUCCGACAGAAAUGGCACGGGAAGGGGCCGAGGAGGACCGCAAGGGAACCCCGCGGAGAGCGCCACCGCCAGGACGGGCAAUGGGACUGGCUUUUCUCUAAGCAAUCUCCGGCAGCCGCCCCGCGGAGACGUCAUGGUGGGCGACGACCCGUACAACCCAUACAAGUAUACGGACGACAACCCUUAUUAUAACUACCACGACACCUAUGAGCGGCCCCGACAGAGAGGCCGCUACCGGCCGGGGUACGGCACCGGCUAUUUUCAAUACGGGUUGCCAGAUUUGGUGCCAGAUCCUUAUUACAUCCAAGCAGCCACUUAUGUCCAAAAGACGUCCAUGUACAACCUGAGGUGUGCUGCUGAAGAGAAUUGUCUAGCUAGCUCAGCUUACAGAUCAGAUGUUAGAGAUUAUGAUAACCGAGUACUUCUGAGAUUUCCACAGAGAGUGAAAAAUCAAGGUACAUCAGAUUUCUUACCAAGCCGACCACGAUACUCAUGGGAAUGGCACAGCUGUCAUCAACAUUACCAUAGCAUGGAUGAAUUCAGUCAUUAUGACUUACUUGAAGCAAGCUCACACAGUAGAGUAGCUGAAGGACACAAAGCAAGCUUUUGUCUUGAAGACACUUCUUGUGACUAUGGAUACUAUAGGCGAUUUGCAUGUACAGCCCAUACACAGGGGCUGAGUCCUGGUUGUUACGAUACCUACAACGCUGAUAUAGACUGCCAGUGGAUUGAUAUUACAGAUGUUAAACCUGGAAACUACAUUUUAAAGGUUAGCGUCAACCCUAGUUACUUGGUACCGGAAUCAGACUAUUCCAACAACAUUGUACGUUGUGAUAUCCGUUACACAGGCAAUCAUGCAUAUGCCUCUGGGUGUACAAUUUCCCCAUACUAGGAUGAAAGAAAAUUGGUUUACUGAUACCCAAGGUUUGGAGAUGCAAUUAUUUUAUAAACUGAAUAGGAUGUAAACACUUUUGAAAAAUGAGACGGAUCAGAAUAUAUACAAAGAAUUUUAAUCUGACUGAAGCAUUAAAAACUUCUUCAAAAUGAAACACUUUUUUGAUUCAGCUAUUCAGCUUUUGAAGCCAGUGAGACAAUGGUACUCUAUAGAAAGAAUAAUGAAUUCUAAAGGAAGUUAACGUACUUCUAUAAAUAUCUUUUCCAUUGACUACUGGAAAUCAGUAUAAUAUUUGAAAGUGCUUUUUAGAAAUAUAAAUGGUGCUAGCAUAGGCAGAUAUCCAAAGAGUUGCUUUCAAUUCCAUUGCAUGAUUGAGACACGUCUAAUGAGAGUUUAGAGUUUAAACUGUAGGCCCAUUGCUUCCUAGUAUCAUGGAAGUCUUCUAACAUCUUUUUGCAAUAUUUGUUGUUACCAACAGUCAAUGGUACUAGUGUCCAAAUCCUCUGGGAUUAUAGAAUAAUUUUAUAGUUCUUUAAUAUGCAGUCGUGUAAUACUGAUUGUGAGGAAUAUAGAAACGAACUCUAGUUGUGGAACAAAUUGGUAGGGAAGAUGAAGUUUCCAUAAAUACCAAAGCUUCAUUUUUUUUGUCUAAUAGAUACAAAAGUAGUAGGCUUCAUUAAAGGACAGAUAUAUGCUUAAAAUCUGAUUGCAUAUAAAAUGAUUCUAUUUUUAAAACUAGCAGGCAAAUAACUUUAAACCAAAAAGUAUAUCUAUUUUAAUACAUUGCUUAGAAUAUUAAAACACCAGAUUUGCCUAUUUCCAGUGCUUCCUGCAGACUGCUUUGCAUUUUAUCCCCCCCCUCCUUUCCUCAACUGGAAAGUUUCAAUUACAGAUGUUGGAAAGAUUUUGAAUUACAGAUGUUUAGAAACCACUUCCCAUGAAUUGGACUUGGAUACCAGAUUGAAAAUGAUAUAUGCUCAGGAAAAAAAAAGGCUGAGCUCAUAAGCUUGAUGCUUCAUGUUGUGUUCCAUUAUAAAACUAGUUUCUAGCUACAUGGGGUGGAAAAAAAA